GCGCCGAGGCCGGGCGGCAGUGGGGCGAGGCGUGCGGGCGCCCGGCGCGAUGCCUCGGGCCGGCGGUCCCCGCGCGCCGCGCCCCGCCGCGCUGCCCCGCAGCCUGUCCCGCCUGCGCGAGUGCCCGGGCCGCUCCCGCAUCGUGCUGGCGCUCGGGGCCACGCAGAUGGCGCUCGGAUGCCUCAUCGUGGCGGUGAGCUUCGCCGCGCUGGCGCUCACCACCUCGGCCCGCGUCCGCCACUCCUGUCCCUUCUGGGCUGGCUUCUCGGUGCUGCUGUCAGGACUCAUUGGCGUCGUCUCCUGGAAGAGGCCUCUCUCCCUCGUGAUAACCUUUUUCAUGCUGCUCUCUGCAGUGUGCGUAAUGCUGAAUUUGGCUGGUUCAAUUCUCUCCUGUCAGAAUGCUCAGCUAGUCAACUCCCUAGAAGGCUGUCAGUUGAUUAAGUUUGACAGUGUCGGGGUGUGUGUCUGCUGUGAAAUGCAGCACCAGUCAUCCGGCUGCAGCAACCUUGGGGAGACGCUGAAGCUGAAUCCGCUGCAGGAGGACUGCAACGCCGUGAGGCUGACGUUGAAGGAUCUCCUCUUCAGCGUGUGUGCCCUCAAUGUCCUCUCCACCAUCGUGUGUGCAUUGGCCACAGCCAUGUGCUGCAUGCAGAUGGUCUCUUCUGAUGUCCUGCAGAUGUUCCUUCCACAAAGGGCGCAUUCCGCCAGCCCUGCCUGCGUGACCCCCCAUGGCACCGUUCUCCACCAGACCCUGGACUUCGAUGAGUUCAUCCCCCCUCUCCCACCUCCACCUUAUUACCCUCCAGAGUACACCUGUACUCCCACAGCCGAGGCCCACAGGGGCCUCCACUUGGACUUUGCUCCCUCUCCAUUCAGCACUUUGUAUGAUGUUGCCAUCAACAGCCCCGGCCUGCUGUACCCCGCCGAGCUCCCCCCACCCUACGAGGCCGUGGUGGGCCCGACUGCCACCAGCCAGCUUACGAGUGUAGAUCAGCUGGCGACUGAGCCCAGCCCUGGGGACCCAGAUGCCACUGCUGGCUUCAGCACACAAGAGCCCGCAGAUAGCUCGAGCCUCCUGGCAUCCGAGGGUGCCACCGCACCAGGCCUAAGCCCUGAGGGCCCUGUGGGUGCCUCGCAGCCCCUGCCACCUGACCUCGAGUCCCCUGAGGGCCCUGACCAGGGCACGCAGGCACUGCCAGGUCCCGGGCGUGUGGCCCGCUCCACCAGCGACCCCACUUCGUGUGCAUCCAGUGUGGCAGGCAACACCUCUUCGCAUCCGCCCUCCUGCAGCCAGGACCUUGAAGCAGGACUGGCCAGGGCUGCUCUGGGGACCGUUUCCCUAUCUCAUUCCUCCACGGCCUCCUGUGCUUGUCGGCACCGGCUCUCGCCACCUGGGCAGCUAGAUCCCCGGAAAAUGGACCACCGGUUAAAGCCAGAGGCCUUACAGACGGUCUUCAAAGAGCAGCCACACUCAUUAAUGGACGGCAAGGCCCAUGCAGACACCAGGGUUUUGGUGGCUAAAUUUUUGGAACACUCGAACUGUGCCCUCCCUCCCGAGGUACGGCAUGUGGUGGGCACCUUUCGCCCGGCUGUCACGUCCGAUGAGCACCACAUGGACGAGGCCACCUUCAGUGCCAAUGUUCUGGACCAGGUGUGAACCAGUCACAGGUCUUGACAUGGACACAGACAGGCCUGGGCCAGAGUGUCCUUGCUGGAGGCCACUGUGCGUGCAGGGAGGGGCUGAAGCCCAGGAGUAUCUCUGGGUGGCUCAGAUGGGGAACUGCUGUCCCUCUCUUGCGGAGGAUCCAGUCCAUUGUUUUCUUGGGGAUGACACUUCCUACCUAUUCCAGUGAUGCAGAAAAAUGACUCUCGUGGCCAUUGUGAACUCUUUGGGUUUUUAUCAGGCAUGUAGUACCUGGAACUGGAGACACUAAGCAUCUUCAAAAUCAUGGCCAUCAAAAAGCAAAAUUCUCCCUCACUUCUGAUUUAGUUGAGUGUUUAGUGGAUAGAGGAGGACAAGUAAUGAGACCAUUUUCUUCUAUGGUUUGUAUCACUCGCUAGUCAACCCUUUAUCAUGUGCUGACUGGAAAGAAAAUGGGUAAUUAUAGCACGGAUGGCAGCCCAGGCCCAGCUCUCUGCCCGCAGGAAGCAGGGCUGUUGUGGGAACAAAUCAUUAUAGGGGGCCUCGGGCCACCUCCAGGCAGCAAGACGGUACGACAGGAAGCUUUCCUGGACGCGUUCCCCCCCACCCCCCACCACCUCUGCCCCACCAUCACCUAGUCUCCUGGGCCUCCCCUCUCUACCCUCCCUCCAUGGGGUGCCCUCCCCACUUUCUCUCUGGCUCUCUGUCCAUGGUCUCCUAUUCUGUAGGACUUUUGGGGACCCCCUUUGGGGGUUUUCCCUGUGUCUGCCCUCCCCAGGAUGGCCUGGAUGGGUGAAGGUCUGGGGAAAGAGGCCUGUGUCCCAAGAUCUGUGCACCUCUUGAGAAAGCAAGUCUCUGAUGACCCAGAGCAGUCCUUUCCCAGCCAGGCAGUGGCCACAUCUGCAUUGGAGCUUGCAGGUUGUAAGUCAUGUCUUUCUAUAAAACACACACUGAGCUGGGGACGUGGGGCAGGCAGGCCCAGCCUCUCUGCAAUGGCAGCUUGGGCAUCUCUGACUUUCUUGGUCCCCCUGCCCCUCAUGUUCUGGCAACAUUACCAGCUGCCACUUCUCAAAAAUGGCCCUGGAGCAGCACUGUCUUCAAGAACUUUCUUUGGCAGUGGGAAUGCCUGUAUCUGUGCUAUCUACAACAGUGGCCACUAGCACCUGAGCUGUGGCUGCAUUGAACAAGGCAGCCCAGAGCUGACGUGUCUGAACCAAGAGCCCAAGGGCCUGGCAUGUGGAGCACGGGGGGAGGACCUGACAACUGCCACUGCUGCUUGGUGUUCAGCAGUCUGGGGUCUGCGUGCUGUCCUCUGCCUUGCACCCCACUGUAGCCAAUGUGCGGAGGGCACGUCCUUGUGAUUGGAAGCUGGGGAGGGAGGGGCAGGGAGGGUCUGCAGCCCAGACGCCUGGAGCCCCCAGGAACUGAGGUGCAGGAAGCCUGCAGGGACAGCUUCGAACACUCUGCUUCAGUGAUGGUCUUGGCCAUUGCCUCCCUCACCUCUGGGUGAGGCGAGAGAGCUGAAAAAAUACCCAUCAAGGCCUUUUGAUGCCAACCGGAACGUUUCCAUCGGAAAACCCCAGAGAUGAAUUAUGAGCACUUUAUCCAGACCAUAAAAUGGGAAAUCCCUUCUCUAAUUUUUCUCAGCUGAGGGCUCUUGAAGUCCCUCAAAGCAAAUCCCUUCACAGGUACAGUUAAUUGAUGGUUUUUCCAAAUAGUCUCCCCUGAGCCUGCCAGCAAAGUGUCCAUGGCUGUCGAUGCCCUGGCCUCUGAAUUCAGGGCAUUUUCAGUGUCUCUAGGGUGGGGAGCCAGAGCCUAGCAAGCUGCAGGGGUUUCCACCUGCAUGUGGGGGGCCCACACUUGAGCCUGGGGGCCUGCACACAGCAGUGUCCCUGGGCUGAGUCCUAAGCCUGCAGUCUGAGGCCAGCCCCUUUCCUUCCCACUCCCACCUCUGGGCUGGAGCUGGGGCAUCAGUAUUAUGCAGCCAUUGUGAGCGGCCACUGGGAGCCUGCCCUGCUGUUCUGUGGCUUUUGCUUCUCCUCCCUGCGGCGGGACACUGUUUUCUCCGCCAUCUGGGUCUCUUGCUGCAGCCUCUGUCUCCAUGUGGGUACAAGUGGGCGCUCUGGCCCGAAGUCCAGAGGCCUGGACAUUCUCAAGGGCUCUGCCCUUCUCUCAUCCUUUCAUGCUCAGUUUUGCAUUUGCUCUCAUAGUAACUCUUAUCUUGCGAUUGAGGAAACUGUACCCAAUUUUAUACCACUCAGCUAGAACCUUCUGCCCAUUCGUUCAGGGCCCCAGCUGGCCCACAUGGGCUCUGGCGGGGCCCUGGGUCCUGGCUUGCAGCAAAGGUCCCGGGAAGAGAGGAGUACCAGUUAGAGCCACCAGGAAUGAGCCAGGGACCCUACUCGCCAGUUCCAGUACCCAAGACCCUGCUCUGCUCAGCGGCAUGUGGGAGCCAAGAGCCCCAGCAGCAAGCGCCCCAAGCCCAGACCACGUGGGUGCAUGGCCAGGGGGAAAGCUGUUUUCCUUCCCUCGCUGGUGCACCCUCUCCUACCCCUCUUGUUAAAGCAUCAGCAGGCCAGGGAAGAGCUUGACGGGCUGUGCCAGAAAGCUAAGGCAUGGGACCCCCACCUGCAAAGGCCUGGGUCCUGGGCACUCUCCCUGCCUUUUCCCCACCACCCAAAGGAGGUCAGCUUGGCGUGGGGCCACAGCCUGUCCAGACACUGCCAUUUGCCUGGGGGCCAAAAGAACACCGAGGUGGGGGAAGCUCUGGACCCCAUCUCUGUGGCAAACAAGUGGGGACUCAUCCUUCACAAGGACUUAGUCUCCUUCAGCUGGUGACAAUGCAAAUUAAAUGCUUGUAACAAACCGUGUAACAGAAAGCUUAUUUCAGAUGGAUGUGUUUCCCCUCCCCCCCUCAGCUGUAUUGAUUCACAGAUGCUGCUAUUAGGCAGAAUUUAUAGGAAAUUGUUUUCAAGCCACAGGAGACCUGUUUGUACAACUGGAAGGUUGUAUUUAUUUAAUGUACCUCAAGGUGUUUUCAUAAUGAUCAGUGUUUUAAUAAAAACUAUUUCUGGCCUCUGUGUCUCUGGAUCUAAUUGGGACAGAGGCAGCCCAUGUGUGCCUCUGAAGGAUCUUGAGGAGGCAGCAGGGAGCGUGAAGCAUCCGUGGCCGCCCGUGUCUCCCAAUAUCCUUCCAGAGAAGGGCAGGGGUGAGGGGGCAGAGGGCAGGUGACUGCACACAUGUAGGUACCGCCAGUGCUGGCCCAGAGCUGCCCCUCCAUCUGUGCAUGUGACAUCCGAGGGUUCCAGGAGGAAUGCAUGCCACUGGCUCAGAGAUCUCUUUCAAUCUGAACUUUUUAUGUGUAUCAUUUGGUGGGACCCCCACCCCCCGUGUCAUCUGCCCACAGAUUUCCUCUCCAGAGUCUGUUCCCCUGCCUUGUCUUGGACAACACAACCACAUACCCCUGGCUCUCCUGAGCUGACGCCCUUUGCCUCCAGCUCCAAGGGCAUGGGCCAUUUCUGGCUAGAUGUGAAGAGCCUCAUCAGUAGCUCACAGCAUGGAGAGCAGAUCGCUUGUCAGCAGAGAGAGGUGGGUCCUACCAGGCCAGGUUCCCCAGAUCAACAGGGGAACACCCAUCACCAGGCCUUCUGACCAAAGCCUAUGUUGACCCCUGCCUCCCCAUGCCAGGGGACAGGCCACAAAAGACCCUAGAGGUAAGCAGACACCACUGGGAUGUGUGGUCCAUACACACAUGGACUCACAACUCACCUCUUCUGGAGAUCACUGAAAUUUAAACCAAGAGAAGCAAAAGGUUUCUCUCCCUUAUUAAAUUAGCAGCCCGUGUCCUCCCUGGGAUGGGAUGGGCCGGCAGACCUGGUGACCUGUAUCCGUCACUGACCCUGUAGUCACUGCAUGGCCAGCCCGGACUGACACCUGGUGCCUGGAGCACCUACCUCUCCAACCUCACUGGAAAGGGGCCCCGGAGGCCCCGGCCUGGAAGGGGAUGCCGUCAGCACAUGGCACCGUCGUAGAGCCGUGCUGUGAGGUGUUGAGGUUGAGGGAAGCUGGGCAUCCAUUUCUCAGUUGACAAACCAGCCACGCACACAGCUUUUUUAUUAUGACUUCAGUUUAUUAGUGAUAUUAGUGAGUCUUCCUAAGGUCGGCUGCAUGCAACACACAGGUCACUCCUUGAAUACAGUAAUCCUAAAGCUUUAGUUACUGCAUGGUAAGGCUUCUUAAGUCACAGUGUAUUCUUCAAGGCCUGGGCCAAAAAAAGAGACUUCCAGACAAAAUGACGUCGGUUAACAUUGACCUCGAAGGAACUCAACUAGACUACGUUUCACCGUAUUUACACACGCUGUAAUACUUCUCGCAGUGACGCCUGGCUCGCCCAGUGAUCUGCGCUCACCGCUGGCUGCCCCUGGAAUGGCAGAUUCCCAGGGUGGUUUUGGUUUUGGGGGGUGGGGGAGGGAGCUCGUGUGUGAAUGCGUGUGUGUAGACAGAGAUUUUUAAAUAGAGGGCAGAAGCUGU